UCCUGAGCAUAGCGAGGGUACUACAAGUGGCUGAGGGCUUCUAACAUUCUAGUCAACAUUUUAGUAAUACGGUAUAUACAUUUGUACGGUAUAUGCUGGGCUUACUACUUCAAACUUCUCCAUUAUAGGGCAGAAACACAGCGGUGGUGCAGUGGGUUAUUGAGGAGGCACCAAACACCAACUGGUGCACUACUUUAACUACGGUUAUCAGUACAGUACAGACUGCUAACCCCCCUCCCCCCCCACACACACACUAGAUCAGCAGGCUAUUCUGAAGUUGUGCCCUCGACUCAUACAAGAGAUGAAAAACACACACAGUGUACAAAGAAAGGAUUCAUCCUAAGAGGCUACAUUUACUUAUUAUUGUUGAGUUCAUUGAUAUUGUUCAUGAGAUGGCACUUAACAGUUUUCAUGUCUAUUCAACAGUGGUGUGACUGAAACACACAAUUGCACAAACAGUGUAUUAUUAUAGAAACCCUUUUUGCAUUCAAUUCCAUGCACCCCCACGUAAGCCCGUGAUCAGAUCGAUGCUGCCACUUUGAGUAUAGCUGAAUAUAGGUUAUGUUAAUUUUGUCAAUAUUCUCAUGUUGUUAAGCAACCUCCUACAGAUUCGUAGUCACAAAUCUUGACAAAAAGAAAGGAGCUUGUGUACUGAAAUGGAAUACAAUGAUGGACGAUCAGUACUGGGCCAGUGCUGUUGAGGUGUGGAAGGGUGAAACACCUUUGCCCUACUCAAAACAUGUGAUUCCUCUUCGCCAAGAUAUCAAGAAAUCUGAUUACGAAUAUUUUGGCAAAAAAGGAAGAAACAAAAAUGUUUACUAGAGAUCUGAGUACUUUCUUCUCCUUCAUUGAAAAUACUGAGUACGAGAUUAAAAUCGAAACUAAGAUCCAGGACUUCUACAGAUCAUCACGUAGGUCUUGUUUAGCUCGGGAGGCAAAGAAGCACAAUGUUCCACAAUUCAACAGUGUAGAAACAGAGAAAUUUACAGCUAAAGAAACCAAUCCGUCUACAAAACAAACAUUCAAACAAUGGCUGGCAAACGAGCAACGACUCUCCAAAAGACAUGGUUACAACAUGUAUCCAAGUAAAGGAGGCAAUAUUGUUGCAAGUUGCACCUACUAUAGUAAGCCUCAAUUAAUAAAGCUAAAGGAUUCUCACAACAAAGCGAAAGAGUAUGUUGAGGAAGCUGUCAAAUACUUACAAGACCAGACACAAGCAAAACAGCUGUACAAGAAGUGGUUUGGCAAACCUGAUCCCAAGAAUUUCGAACGAGUGAACGUUUUUUUCAGAGAGACUAAAGACGGCCUUACUAAGCCUUAUGUAUACAACUUACUCCCCGAGAAACUAUGCGGGAAAUCAUUUCUGGCACACGUGGACUCCACUCUCAGAGGAAAAAAUCAACACGUAAUUAAUAUUUGUCCACUGUUUUUCAAGUCUACCAUGAAGGAUCGGAUGGUCACUCUCAUUCACGAAAUGACGCAUGACUCGGCAGAAACUUAUGAUAUGAAACUGAAUGGUGAGAUGCUAUGGAGAAAAACUGUGCGAGGAACUGGCUAAAAAAGAACCAGAAAAUGCAACUAAUAAUGCAGAUAAUUAUGCCUUGUUUGCCGACGAAGUGAACACGAUAAACGAGCAGAUGAAGAACAAGAGGAAACCCCCCAGAACUGUCAACCGCCGCAAAGCUAAAAAAAACCCCAGAGUAAGAUAUAGGCUCGUACGACUGUUUUCCUUCUAAAUGCAACUUGCUGUGGACAACAAUAACUAGAACAUUUCAGAGUACAUGUGAUAUAAUAGUUUAGAGAGACCUAUAUGUACGUACGUAUGAUUUAUGUUCACUACUAAUAAUAUAUAUAUAGCAUAAAG